GUAACAAUUGCUCGUUCCCUUCGACUCGAAAUCUUUCGUCCCGGUUGCAUCGUUAAUGGUCCCAUCGGGCUCCAGGAGGACUCGUUAAAGCCAGCCGCCGGGAAACGCGCGGCAGCCUCCGAGGAAGAGACUCGUUUAGCCGCGUAAUCACCGGAGGCGGAUUAAUUCGCCGACAUCGAGGAGCUGUGCAAGCUCGCGAGGCUCGGCCGUGCAACGAGAGGAAAACGAGAGGCAAGAAAUCAAGGGAACCUUUUGUGCUUAACGACGGCCAGAGCCCGGCGGAGUCCUUGGGUAAAUUUGCCGACUCGUCCGCUAACUAAGGACGUCCCAACUGACGAUUUCAGCUCGGCUAUCCGACUAGAAAAGAGGUCGCGCGGUGGUUGUUCCGCGCCGUGCGCGAGAUCAAGUUCCGUUGGUUCUUUGCCCGGUCAUGUUGUAUCGUCGUGGCUCGCUCAGGAUCGAAAUCGAAUUAACGCGACCGAGGAAUUGAAACGGGACGAUCCGAAACAGUUUGGAGUCGUUGGAUGUUUCUCGGAGAUCGAAAAUUGGUUCGUCCGAGGCUAUGGAGAGCGAACCUAACGAGCGACAGGAAGCAGAAGAAACUAAAGAGGCCGAUGAGGUUGCAGAAGAGGUCAAGGAAGAUAUCGAAGAGAAGACAACGAAAGCAGGAACUUCAGACGAAACCGCAGAGGGGAAGCCGUUGAAGCAGGAUGAAUCGGUGCAGUCAUCGAUAGACGAAGAAUGCCCGUCUCAAGGGUGGGACGAACACGCGAAAGAAAGAUUCGACACGGCCGUCUUCACUUUGGGCACGUGCGCUGCGGUUUUCGCUGUCUACAUUUACAUCGUGUACAGUUUGAGCAGUCCACCGACCGUGUUGCAUCGAGUCUAACAGCGGUUCCCUAAUCAAACGAUCGAAAGACCGUGCAAGUCGAACGCCGGAGUCGACUGUUUGCGACAGCUGUGUACAAAAGCAGUGUAUCCGAAACGUAAAAUAUACCGAGCAGAAGAUGAAUAUCAGCGGAAUGUUUUCUUUAACGCACAGACUCACUGACAGACAGACUUUAACAAGUCCUUCGAGGAACAAAUCAUAUAUUUUACGUAUUUAUAUAUUUAAUUACAAAUUAUAUACGAUAUUUUGGAAUUUCAUUGGCAUUUCAACGCGACUUAACUAUCAUUGUCACCUUAAUAAUAGUUGAAACGAACCUGAAAACGUAUGUAGAAAUUUCCAGACAUUACUCGAUAUUGCAAGGAUACUCGAUAUCGCAACGAUCGUCAGGAUAUUGGCAAGAUCAAUUAUCGACUAUAUUAAUAAAUCCCAAUAUUUAGUCGGGCCAUUCUUAGCGCUAGCUGUGUCUUCGCGUUGCAUACUAAUUUCGACAAUGACGUUGAACGUACGUCUUGCAACUUCUUCGUAGACUCUCGGGUCGAUCUGGAAUUUCGCUAUUGCAAUUAGGAUAGUUGUAUCUUCGUUACACAGCUAACCAAGUUGCACAAAGUUUCGUUCGAUGCGCGUAAUAUAUUCAUGAAAAAAUGUUAAGAUACUCGAGAACCAUUAUCGUGAUUGUAUUGAUAAAGUUUGAAAAGGAUCCGAGGGUGUAUGCACGUAGAGACGAGGAAAUAUCUAUUGGGAACUAUUUCGCCAACACCAUCAAUUUGAAAGAUCCAUUAUUCGCGACAUCGUUAAGCCAGAAUAUUCAGCGUGAUCGUGUAUAACGCUAAUUUUACGUUGCAGACUACUCUGUUAACGCUGUAUGCUAAUUUUUCACCGAAUUUAUGUUGCCAACGAAUAUCUUGCAGCUUUUAUAUACAUCUUUGGCUUAGUUUCGAAAUUUACCAGCGGAAUCAGGAUAAUCCUGCCUCGUUACGGUAUUAACGAAGUUUCAAAAAGUUUGGUACAAUGUGCAUAGUAUGUUCAUAAAAAAAAAAUUCUAUAUUAAAGUGUUUGAGUGCUUUGGCGAGUCACUGUACUUUCAUAAAUAAUCGGGCUGGGUGAAACGACGGCGUAGAAAAGUUUCCUCGUUUCCCGCUGAACGGUGAAAAGUUCUAUCAAGUCAGUUACCCAACCAGUCGACUUGUUCUGUUGUAGAUUAAUUAAUUUCUACCGCGUCGCGUGAUUCAAUUAACAGAGCUAAUUGGAUUUCAUCGUUGGAUCGACGCUCGCGUCAAACGGAAUAUCGAUAGAAUUUAAAAAGUGCUGAUAACGUCGGAGAAACGUAUCACCGCGCGCUGUCUCGCAAAUGUAUUUGGACACCUGUCACGGAUAACUUUCUUUUUUUUCCCCCCCAAAUCUGUCACUAAUUAUAAGAGAAGAAGGGGCCAUGUUGCACGAGUUUUCGAUUGUUAACGGAAAGAAAAUUGGGCAUAAUUUGCCAGCGAUGAGUUUUUACCGUCGCAUUUCUUUUUAACGAGUAUUACUUUGCAAUACCUUUGAAAGUUCCAUCUGAAAAUGUUCCAUUUGCAGUCAAUUAAAAUGUUGAUGAAGCGUCUCUUAUCGAAUGAAACGACACGACGUACCUAUUAUUUGAAAUAGAAGGCGCGCGCGAAAUAGAGAACAGAUGGAACAUGACACGACGUAGCAAAAAGACGUAUCGUAAAAACGAUGGAACAAUCAACGAAAUGUUGAUUCUGAUAGCCCGUAAAAAUGAAUUGCCAUUUCGAUUGAAAAUCCUUCUAAUUAACCACAUUGAAACAUGUCGUUCCUUCGCAAAAAUAAUGCGUCGACGUUAACGGUACAAGAAUAUGUGAUCGAAGUCAGUGCUUCGGUUUUAUAUUACAACGCGUAUUUUCUUCGACUGGAAACCCGGUUCGAUCGAUUUUCCGACGACCGGUCGAUUGAACGGUACUUGCAAAUUUAAACGGUGAUUUCUGUCUGCGUGUAUUUCUCUGGAACGUAACAUCAAAUUUCGAGAAUUUCCACCGCAAACUCAACGCGUCCAAGUUUGACGUACAUCCCGCUACCAUUGACUCGGAUUAAUUAAAUUUCUGGAUUCCUUUGACGGAGAAUGAUGACCUUUCGCCUUCUCACGCUCGGUAAUGUACACUCAAACCUGUCUGGGGUUGUCCGCAAAAUUGCCAUAAGUUACUGCGCCCCUUAAAUACCCAGCGAUCUCAGAAAUUAGACGGAGCACGUGAAGUACAACGCGUAUAUACCUUCGUUCUAUAACGUCUCUCUGUAAGAGAUACGCAAAUCUCGAAGGUUUCGUGAUUUCGAGACACGCGAGAGCGAGGAGCCUGCCUUGUCCGAACUAAUAAGAGGGCGGCAUAAUUAUUCGGAUAAUGGAAUAUCGCGCAUAACAGAAGAGUCGCCAGACAGAGCGGAAUUUUUAUGCAUUUAUGAGAAA